UCAAAUAUUAUCCGCAACUUAUAAGAUGGUAUAUCACGAGAGACUUUAGGAAAAGUUGGAAACACAUUAUUUAUUAAAAAAAUGUUAUUUCAAACAUAGCAGUAUUUUAAAGCUUUACCAAAAACAACACCCGCUCAUUCAACAUUGUUUUAUAUAUUCAAAGCUUAUUUUUAGAAAUUUAGAAAAUUUCAAAAUCAAAUAUAUAUAUAACGAAAAAUGGAAAUUUUUAGUUUACGAGGAAUCUCUAUUUUCCUCUGUUUUUGUGUUGGAGCUCAGGCGGGCGAACCUAUACCUCUUACACAAUAUCAGAAAGAUUCGAUAGUCAAUCAACUGAAUGAUUAUCGCAGACAACAAGGAGCGAGCGAUAUGUAUCUUGUAUCGUGGGAUAAUGAGCUUGCCGGUGGUGCUGCGGAUCAAGCCGCUUUGUGUAAAUUCGGCUACAGUGCCUACGCUGGAAUGGGAUAUGGUGAAACAUUGGCAGUUAUCAAAAAACCAACGGAUGUUGAUGAUCACUUAAUGUCUGCUUUGAGUGUGUGGUACGAUGAGAUCAACAACAUGGAAGAAGAUGGCUCCUGUUAUAGAUGCGGACACUACAAGCAAUUAGUCUUUGCUCCAACAUACAAAGUUGGAUGCGGAAUAGCAACUUGUCCAUCUGAUGAAAAGAAUAUCGUGUGCCAGUUUAGACAAGGUCUAAUUGCGGGAAUUCCAACCUUCAGCAAAGGGCCAGCUUGCUCCGAAUGUCCUUAUUACGCUACAUGCCAUGAUAAACUAUGUAAGUUACCUUGGUGACAAUGAAGGCAGAGGAAGAAAGUGCCCCAGGAAAUAUACAUUUAACCUGAUUACCCGAUUAUUAUCUUAUAUUCUAUUUAAUCAAGUCUUAUACUGUAUGUUAACUGUAAAUAUAUUCCAAAUAUAUAUAUACUAGUUGAUGUUUUCAAUCUUUAUUGAAAGAAACGAAAGAAAGAAAGCAAUUUAUGUUGUGUAUUCGUGAUAAUAUUGUUAUUUCGCCACAAAGGAGAUUUAUGUGAUUUUAUCUAUAUCUAUACUAUUGAAAGAAGGUUAUCAUUUAAAUCUUGCAUUCCCAACUUCAAAAACAACCCAUUACCUUAGAAACAAAGAACAUAGCUUUGAACUCACUGUUAAGGCUAAGAUACGUAAUGAUGAUCAUUUACAUACCAACCCCGUCAUAUUUGUUUAGCCUGGUAGAAUUAAUCUUCAAGGGAAGGAAAUAUUAUUUUAUUUAUUUGAAUAGUAUUCAGUGUACAUGUCAUAGAAUGUAGAUAUUAAUAAGUUGCGUAUUUUGAUGCAAAAUAACGCUUAUAUUAAUAAA